AUGGAUAUAGUUGCACAAAGACUCGAAGGAGUCAAUUCAGAGAGUCGAACUCCUAGUACUCGGGUACGGAAAUAUGAAGUUCAAGAUGAACAUAAAGUUGGGCGGAAGAGACGACGGUCAGAAGUGGACGACUUGAUCGAAGGAAGCGGCGACCCUGGUAUUACAGAUUUUGAACCAGGCUAUGAAUCGACACAGACACAAGAUCUUGUCCUUACCCCUGAGGAAGUCCAUCAAUAUCGAGUGGCUGGUCUGUCGCUUGAUCAGGAGCUUCCUGGAGGAGAUUUUCCCGACGCAGCUGUUAAAGAGUUGAAGAGAAAACGAUCAAAGAGUCUUGCACAGCAAUUGCAACAACAAUGGCCUCCUAUCUUUCUUCCUGGGUCGCAGACAACCGAAACUACCUUGCAUAUUCGUCAUUUGGGUGUUCUUACCACCAUCUUACACAAAUGUCUCUUAGCCGGUGACUUUGUACGCGCUGGUCGCGCAUGGGGCAUGUUACUUCACGAGAAGUUUGGCAAAGACCCCGUGAAUAUACGUCAUGGCGGUCGAUGGGGCAUCGGCGCUGAGAUACUGUUCCGCCAGACCACCGCAGGAACGAAUACUCCAACUAGCGCCAGCCAUAUCUUUACGCAGCCCGGAUUCGAAGCAGCAAAAGCUUACUAUGAAAGACUCAUCAUUCAAUAUCCUUCUCGGUCCGCUCGCAGCACGGCUAGCAGCUCUCUACAUUUCUACCCUGCCAUGUUUAGUCUUUGGGUUUACGUUGUCGACCAGGAGAGCAAGAUGGCAAGAGAGACUCUUGAGCAGGAGGAGGAAGAUGAGAUUGUCUCUGAACGAUCAGCAGAGUUCGAUGCAGACAUGUCAGACGGCGAGAAUGAGACCCGUCGCAACGGAAACAUCAUGUCCCAAAUAGCCACUAUCAAACGCAAAGAACUAGCCGGUGCACAGGAGAUUGCAGCGCGGAUGGAUGAAGUCAUGGUUGGGCCGCCGUAUUCAGACAGUCCAGCACUUUUGCGACUUCGGGGAAUGGUAGCUCUAUGGAUCGGUGAUCUCCAACUCUCAUCGUUAGGUCAUCAAGAAGAGGAGGAGGAGGAUAGCAAUAUAUCUGACGAUGAAGGCAUGAUGUCCAGAAGCGCAUCUGCUAGUAAGCUACUUGCAAGCCGGGAAUUGCACAUUGCGCUGGAGAGGCGAGCGAUAGAGGGUAUCAAAGCGAACGAUUUGUUCGAGAGGGCAAAGGCAAGGCAGCAAGGCGCGAGCCAAUUCACCGAGGACUUCGACUUAUAAUUGACUAAGAAGUACCAUUUAUAUUUCACUACUGGUGUUCUCUGUUCUCAUAAAUAAGAUCUAGA